CCGCUGGGCAGUCGUGGGGACCCGCAGCUGGUAGCAGCAGGCGCCCGCGAGGAGCCGGAGCAGAGAGAAGAGAUAGCAACAGCAGCAGAGAGACCCGGAGCAAGGAAGGAGUCCCCGAAGCCCGCGCCCUCCGCUGGAGCCAGAGUCUCCAGGUACUUUGGGUGGGCACUGUUGGCGAGGACAAGGUCACAAGCCUCUUGUAUUAUGAGCUGAAGGAGAUAUAAACUCUACAGGAUGAAAAGAUGGCAAUGUUGCCUCCCCCAGGACCUCAAAGCUUUGUCCACUUCACAAAACAGUCUCUUGCCCUCAUUGAACAACGCAUUGCUGAAAGCAAAACAAAGGAACCCAAAGAAGAAAAGAAAGAUGAUGACGAAGAAGGGCCAAAGCCAAGCAGCGACUUGGAAGCUGGCAAGCAGCUGCCCUUCAUCUAUGGCGACAUUCCUCCAGGCAUGGUGUCAGAGCCCUUGGAGGACCUGGACCCCUAUUAUGCAGACAAAAAAACUUUCAUAGUAUUGAACAAAGGGAAAACAGUCUUCCGUUUCAAUGCUGCACCUGCUUUGUACAUACUAUCACCUUUCAGUCCACUGAGAAGACUAUCUAUUAAGAUUUUAGUACACUCCUUGUUCAGCAUGCUUAUUAUGUGCACUAUCCUGACCAACUGCAUAUUUAUGACAAUGAAUAACCCUCCAGACUGGACUAAAAAUGUAGAGUACACUUUUACUGGAAUAUAUACUUUUGAAUCACUUGUAAAAAUCCUUGCAAGAGGUUUUUGUGUAGGAGAGUUUACUUUCCUUCGUGAUCCAUGGAACUGGCUGGAUUUUGUCGUCAUUGUUUUUGCGUAUUUAACAGAAUUUGUAAACCUAGGCAAUGUUUCAGCUCUUCGAACUUUCAGAGUCUUGAGAGCUUUGAAAACUAUUUCUGUAAUCCCAGGCCUGAAGACCAUAGUGGGGGCCCUGAUCCAGUCGGUGAAGAAGCUCUCUGACGUCAUGAUCCUGACCGUGUUCUGUCUGAGCGUGUUUGCUCUAAUAGGACUGCAACUCUUCAUGGGCCACCUGAAGCAUAAAUGUGUGUGGAAACUUGACAAUGAAACACUACAGGAUGUAAUGGCCAAAAUUGAAAGUGAAGACGAUAUUAAAAAAUAUUUUUAUUACUUGGAAGGAUCCAAGGAUGCUCUACUCUGUGGCUUCAGUACAGAUUCUGGCCAGUGUCCAGAAGGUUACACCUGUAUGAAAGUUGGUAGAAAUCCGGAUUAUGGCUACACGAGCUUUGAUACUUUCAGCUGGGCUUUCUUAGCCUUGUUCCGGCUAAUGACCCAGGAUUACUGGGAAAACCUUUACCAACAGACACUGCGUGCUGCCGGUAAAACCUACAUGAUCUUCUUUGUUGUGGUGAUUUUCCUGGGCUCCUUUUAUCUAAUAAACUUGAUCCUGGCUGUUGUUGCCAUGGCCUAUGAAGAACAAAACCAGGCUAACAUCGAAGAAGCUAAGCAGAAAGAGUUAGAAUUUCAACAAAUGUUAGACAGACUUAAAAAAGAACAAGAAGAAGCUGAGGCUAUUGCAGCCGCAGCGGCUGAAUAUACAAGCAUUGGGAGAAGCAGAAUUGUGGGGCUCUCAGAGAGUUCUUCUGAAACUUCCAAACUGAGUUCUAAAAGUGCUAAAGAAAGGAGAAACAGAAGAAAGAAAAAGAAUCAAAAAAAACUCUCCAGUGGAGAGGAAAAGGGAGAUGAUGAGAAGCUGUCCAGGUCCGGGUCGGAGGAGAGCGUCAGGAGGAAGCAGUUUCACCUUGGUGUUGAAGGGCAUAGACGAGCACGUGAGAAAAAGCUGUCUACACCUAACCAGUCACCUCUCAGCAUCCCUGGUUCCUUGUUUUCUGCAAGGAGGAGCAGCAGAACAAGUCUUUUCAGUUUCAAGAUUCGAGGAAAAGAUAUAGGAUCUGAGACUGAAUUUGCGGAUGAUGAGCACAGCAUUUUUGGAGACAAUGAGAGCAGAAGGGACUCACUCUUCGUGCCCCACAGACCCCAGGAACGUCGCAGCAGUAAUCACAGCCAAGCCAGUAGGUCUCCCCCAGUGCUGCCGGUGAAUGGGAAGAUGCACAGUGCCGUGGACUGCAAUGGUGUGGUCUCCUUGAUUGAUGGACCCUCAGCCCUCAUGCUGCCCAAUGGACAGCUUCUGCCAGAGGUGAUAAUAGAUAAGGCAACUUCUGAUGACAGCGGUACAACAAAUCAAAUAUACAAAAAAAGACGUUCCAGUUCUUAUUUCCUUUCAGAAGAUAUGCUGAAUGAUCCUCAUCUUAGACAAAGAGCUAUGAGUAGAGCAAGCAUACUAACAAAUACUGUAGAAGAACUUGAAGAGUCCAGACAAAAAUGUCCACCAUGGUGGUACAGAUUUGCACAUAAAUUCUUGAUCUGGAAUUGCUCUCCAUUUUGGAUAAAAUUCAAAAAGCUCAUUUAUGUUAUUGUAAUGGAUCCUUUUGUAGAUCUUGCAAUUACUAUUUGCAUUGUUUUGAACACAUUAUUUAUGGCCAUGGAGCACCAUCCAAUGACUGAAGAAUUUAAAAAUGUGCUCAUCGUGGGGAAUUUGGUCUUUACUGGAAUAUUUGCAGCUGAAAUGGUUUUAAAACUAAUUGCCAUGGACCCCUAUGAGUAUUUCCAAGUAGGCUGGAAUAUUUUUGACAGUCUUAUUGUAACUUUAAGUUUAGUAGAACUUUUUCUAGCAAAUGUGGAAGGACUAUCAGUUCUGCGAUCAUUCAGAUUGCUCCGAGUCUUCAAGUUGGCAAAAUCAUGGCCAACACUAAACAUGCUGAUAAAGAUCAUUGGUAACUCAGUUGGGGCUCUGGGUAACCUCACAUUGGUGUUGGCCAUCAUCGUCUUCAUUUUUGCUGUGGUCGGCAUGCAGCUGUUUGGUAAAAGUUACAAGGAAUGCGUCUGUAAGAUCAAUGAAAACUGUUCCCUCCCACGCUGGCACAUGAAUGAUUUCUUUCAUUCCUUCCUGAUUGUUUUCCGUGUGUUAUGCGGAGAGUGGAUAGAGACUAUGUGGGACUGUAUGGAAGUCGCUGGCCAACCUAUGUGUCUUAUUGUGUACAUGAUGGUCAUGGUGAUUGGAAACUUAGUGCUACUGAAUCUAUUUCUGGCUUUAUUACUGAGCUCAUUUAGUUCAGACAAUCUGACAGCAAUUGAAGAAGACCCUGAUGCUAACAACCUCCAGAUUGCAGUGACCAGAAUUAAGAAUGGAAUAAAUUAUAUGAAACAAACCCUUUGUGAACUUAUUCUAAAAGCAUUUUCCAAAAAGCCUGAGAUUUCCAAGGAGAUAAGACAAGCAGAGGAGCAAAAUGGCAAAAAGGAAAAUACUUCUAACCGUACAAUUGCUGAAAUGAGCAAAGAUCAUAAUUUCUACAAGUCAAAGGAUAAAGUCAGUGGUUUUGGAAGUAGUACGGAAAAAUAUUUGAUGGCAGAAAGUGAUUAUCAGUCAUUUAUCCAUAAUCCCAGCCUCACAGUGACAGUACCGAUUGCACCUGGAGAAUCUGAUUUGGAAAAUAUGAACACUGAAGAACUUAGCAGCGAUUCAGAGAGUGAAUACAGCAAAGAGAGACUGAACCGAUCGAGUUCCUCAGAAUGCAGCACAGUUGAUAACGCCCUGCCAGAAGGAGAGGAAGCAGAGGCUGAACCUGUGAAUUCAGAUGAGCCAGAGGCCUGUUUUACAGAUGGCUGUAUACGGAGGUUCCCAUGCUGCCAAGUUGACGUAGAAUCAGGAAAGGGAAAGAUCUGGUGGAACAUCAGGAAGACAUGCUACAGGAUUGUUGAACACAGCUGGUUUGAAAGCUUCAUAGUUCUCAUGAUCCUGCUCAGCAGUGGGGCUCUGGCUUUUGAAGAUAUAUAUAUUGAAAAGAAAAAGACCAUUAAGAUUAUCCUGGAAUAUGCUGACAAGAUAUUCACUUAUAUCUUCAUUCUGGAAAUGCUUCUAAAAUGGGUAGCAUAUGGCUAUAAAACAUACUUCACAAAUGCCUGGUGUUGGCUGGACUUUCUAAUUGUUGAUGUUUCUUUGGUUACUUUAGUGGCAAGCACUCUUGGUUACUCAGACCUGGGCCCUAUUAAAUCCCUUCGGACACUCAGAGCUUUGAGACCUCUGAGAGCAUUAUCCAGAUUUGAAGGAAUGCGGGUGGUGGUAAAUGCACUCAUAGGAGCAAUUCCUUCCAUCAUGAAUGUGCUGCUUGUAUGUCUUAUAUUCUGGCUAAUAUUUAGCAUCAUGGGAGUAAAUUUGUUUGCUGGCAAGUUUUAUCAGUGUAUUAACACCACAGAUGAUUCAAGGUUUCCUAUAAGUCAAGUUUCCAAUCGUAAUCAGUGUUUUGCCCUUAUGAAUGGUAGUCAAAAUGUGCGGUGGAAAAACUUAAAAGUGAACUUCGAUAACGUCGGACUUGGCUACCUGUCUCUACUUCAAGUUGCAACAUUUAAAGGAUGGAUGGACAUUAUGUAUGCAGCAGUGGAUUCUGUUGAUGUGGAUCAACAGCCUAGUUAUGAACACAACCUCUACAUGUAUAUUUAUUUUGUCAUCUUUAUCAUCUUUGGAUCAUUCUUCACUUUGAAUUUGUUCAUUGGUGUCAUCAUAGAUAAUUUCAACCAACAGAAAAAGAAGCUUGGAGGUCAAGACAUUUUUAUGACAGAAGAACAGAAGAAAUACUAUAAUGCAAUGAAAAAGCUGGGGUCCAAGAAACCACAAAAGCCAAUCCCUCGGCCAGGGAAUAAAUUCCAAGGAUGUAUUUUUGAUCUAGUCACAAACCAGGCUUUUGAUAUCAGCAUUAUGGUUCUUAUCUGCCUCAACAUGGUAACCAUGAUGGUAGAAAAAGACGACCAAAGUGCCUAUAUGACACAUGUUUUAUAUUGGAUCAAUGUGGUUUUUAUUAUCCUUUUCACUGGAGAGUGUGUGCUGAAACUGAUCUCCCUCAGGCAUUACUACUUCACAAUAGGAUGGAACAUUUUUGAUUUUGUGGUAGUGAUUCUUUCUAUUGUAGGUAUGUUCCUGGCUAAUCUGAUAGAGAAAUAUUUUGUGUCACCUACCCUGUUCCGCGUGAUCCGACUGGCCAGGAUUGGCCGAAUCCUACGUCUGAUCAAAGGAGCAAAGGGGAUCCGUACCCUGCUCUUUGCUUUGAUGAUGUCCCUUCCUGCGUUGUUUAACAUCGGCCUCCUGCUCUUCCUGGUCAUGUUCAUCUAUGCCAUCUUCGGGAUGUCCAACUUUGCCUAUGUUAAAAAGGAAGCUGGAAUUAAUGACAUGUUCAACUUUGAGACUUUUGGCAACAGCAUGAUCUGCCUGUUCCAGAUAACCACCUCUGCUGGCUGGGAUGGACUGCUAGCACCUAUCCUCAAUAGUGGCCCACCCGACUGUGACCCAAAGAAAGUUCAUCCUGGAAGCACCGCUGAAGGAGACUGCGGGAACCCAUCUGUUGGAAUCUUCUAUUUUGUCAGUUACAUCAUCAUAUCCUUCCUGGUGGUGGUGAACAUGUACAUUGCUGUCAUCCUGGAGAACUUCAGUGUUGCUACUGAAGAAAGUACUGAGCCCCUGAGUGAGGAUGACUUUGAGAUGUUCUACGAGGUUUGGGAGAAGUUUGACCCAGAUGCCACCCAGUUUAUAGAAUAUAGCAAACUCUCUGAUUUUGCCGCUGCCCUGGAUCCUCCUCUUCUCAUAGCAAAACCAAACAAAGUACAGCUCAUUGCCAUGGACCUGCCCAUGGUCAGUGGUGACCGGAUCCAUUGUCUUGACAUCUUAUUUGCUUUCACAAAGCGUGUUUUGGGUGAGAGUGGCGAGAUGGAUUCUCUUCGUUCACAGAUGGAAGAGCGAUUCAUGUCUGCAAACCCUUCAAAAGUGUCCUAUGAGCCAAUCACAACUACACUGAAACGAAAACAAGAGGAUGUGUCUGCCACUAUUAUUCAACGUGCUUACAGACGUUAUCGCUUACGGCAGAAUGUCAAAAAUAUAUCAAGCAUAUACAUAAAAGAUGCAGAUAGAGAUGACAAUUUACCCAAUAAAGUAGACACAGUUUUUGAUAAUGUUCAUAAUAAUUCAAGUCCAGAGAAAACAGAUGCAACUGCUUCCACCAUCUCACCACCGUCAUAUGAUAGUGUAACGAAGCCAGAGAAAGAAAAGUAUGAAAAAGACAAAACAGAGAAGGAGGACACAGGGAAAGAUGACAAGGAAAGCAAAAAAUAG